AUGGUUCUUCAAGAUCUUGGGCGCCGCAUAAAUACGGCCGUGUCAGACCUGACACGGGCGCCAAAUCUCGAUGAGAAGGCCUUCGAUGGCAUGCUGAAGGAAAUAUGCGCGGCCCUCCUCGAAGCGGACGUCAACGUGCGCCUGGUCGGCCAGCUGCGCAAAUCCAUCCGGUCGACGGUCAACUUCAAGGAGCUGCCGCCGGCAGUCAACAAGAAGCGGCUCAUCCAGAAGGCCGUCUUCGACGAGCUCGUGCGCCUCGUCGACCCGCACGCCGAGCCAUUCAAGCCCCGGAAGGGCAAGUCCAACGUCAUCAUGUUCGUCGGCCUGCAGGGCGCCGGCAAGACGACCACGUGCACGAAGCUGGCGAGGCACUACCAGAGCCGCGGGUUCAGGGCGUGCCUGGUCUGCGCCGACACCUUCCGAGCUGGCGCCUUCGACCAGCUGAAGCAGAACGCGACCAAGGCCAAGAUCCCCUACUAUGGCAGUCUGACGGAGACGGAUCCGGCGGUGGUCGCGCGCGAGGGCGUGGACAAGUUCAAGAAGGAGCGGUUCGAGGUGAUCAUUGUGGACACGUCCGGGCGGCACAGGCAGGAGAGCGCGCUUUUCCAGGAGAUGGUAGACAUCCAGUCGGCGAUCCGGCCGGACGAGACCAUCAUGGUGCUUGACGCAUCCAUCGGACAGCAGGCCGAGGCGCAGGCCAAGGCGUUCAAGGAGGCGGCCGACUUCGGGGCCAUCAUCAUUACCAAGACGGACGGCCACGCCAGCGGGGGUGGCGCCAUCUCGGCGGUGGCAGCGACGCACACGCCCAUCGUCUUCAUCGGCACGGGCGAGCACAUGCUCGACCUGGAGCGGUUCGCGCCCCAGCAGUUCAUCAACAAGUUGCUCGGCAUGGGCGACAUGGCCGGGCUGGUGGAGCACGUGCAGAGCCUGAAGCUGGACCAGAAGGAUACCAUCAAGCACAUCACCGAGGGCAUCUUCACGAUCCGCGACCUGCGCGACCAGCUGCAAAACAUCAUGAAGAUGGGGCCCCUCAGCAAGGUUGCCGGGAUGAUCCCCGGCAUGAGCAACAUGAUGCAGGGCAUGGACGACGACGAGGGCGGCUCCAAGCUCAAGCGCAUGAUCUACAUCUGCGACAGCAUGACCGACAAGGAGCUCGACAGCGACGGCCGCCUCCUCAUCGACCAGCCCACCCGCAUGACCCGCAUCGCCCGUGGCUCGGGCACCACGGUCCGCGAGGUCGAGGACCUGCUCACCCAGCAGCGCCUCAUGGCCGGCGUUGCCAAGCAGAUGGGCGGCAACAUGAAGAACAUGCAGCGCGCCCAGAGUGCCAUGGCCGGCGGCAACAAGGCCCAGCAGCUCGCAGCCAUGCAGAAGCGCCUGCAGAGCAUGGGCGGGGCCGGCGCCGCGGGGGGCGGGAUGGGCGACAUGGGGAACCUGAUGAAGAUGCUCGGUGGCGCCGGCGGCGGUAUGCCCGGCGGCAUGGACAUGCAGGCCAUGAUGAGGCAGAUGGGCAUGGGUGGGAUGAUGGGCGGGAGAGGAGGAGGGAGGGGCGGGGGCAGGCGGUAG